UCAUGUCGCCAGAAGAGCAGACCUAUCUCUUCGUUCUUCUUAUCUCCAUCCCCAUCGGCUUCCUCUUUAAGAAAGCUGGACCUGGGCUGAAGCGAUGGGGGGGCGCCGCGGUGGGCCUGGGGAUCACCCUGUUCACCUGUGGCCCCCACACUUUGCAUUCCCUGAUCACCGUCCUGGGGACCUGGGCCCUCAUUCAGGCCCAGCCAUGCUCCUGUCACGCCCUGGCGCUGGCCUGGACCUUCUCCUAUCUGCUGUUCUUCAGAGCCCUCAGCCUGCUGGGCCUGCCAACACCCACGCCAUACACCAAUGCCAUCCAGCUGCUGCUUACGCUCAAGCUGGUGAGUCUGGCCAGUGACGUGCAGGACCUCCACGUGGCCCGGAAGAAGGAGAUGGUCGUGGGCUUCAGCAAGGGCCCCACCGUCGGGCUGCUUCCGGACGUGCCCUCCUUGAUGGAGACGCUGAGCUACAGUUACUGCUACGUGGGAGUCAUAACCGGCCCAUUCUUCCGCUACCGCACCUACCUGGACUGGCUGGAGCAGCCGUUCCCGGAGGCCGUGCCCAGCCUGCGGCCCCUGCUGCGCCGUGCCUGGCCGGCCCCGCUCUUUGGCCUGCUCUUCCUGCUGUCCUCCCACCUCUUCCCGCUCGAAGCCGUGCGCGAGGAUGCCUUCUACGCCCGCCCGCUGCUCGCCCGCCUCUUCUACAUGGUCCCGAUCUUCUUCGCCUUCCGCAUGCGCUUCUACGUGGCCUGGAUUAUGGCCGAGUGCGGCUGCAUAGCCGCCGGCUUCGGGGCCUACCCGACAGCAGCCAAAGCCCGGACCGGGGGAGGCCCCACCCUCCAAUGCCCACCCCCCAGCAGUCCGGAGGAGGCGGCCGCCCUGGAGUACGACUAUGAGACCAUCCGCAACAUCGACUACUACGGCACGGACUUCACCGUACGGGUGCGGGAUUGCAUGCGCUGCUGGAACAUGACGGUGCAGUGGUGGCUGUCGCAGUAUGUCUACAAGAGAGCACCUUUCAACUCCUACGUCUUGAGGCACGCCUGGACGAUGCUGUUGAGUGCCUACUGGCAUGGCCUGCACCCCGGCUACUACGUGAGCUUCCUGACCGUCCCGCUGUGCCUGGCGGUCGAGCUCCAGCUGGAGUCGACCGUGCGCAGGCACCUGAGCCCCAGUGGCCAGAAGGCCUUUGACUGGGUGCAGUGGUUCCUGAGGAUGCGUGCCUUCGACUACAUGUGCAUGGGCUUCGUGCUGCUCACCCUGCACGACACGCUGCGCUACUGGGCCUCCGUCUACUUCUGCAUCCACCUGCUGGCCUUGGCCUUGCUGGGCGUGGGGCUGGUGCUGGGCAGACGCAGCCCCGGCCGGCGGCGGAAGGCCACACCCCAGGCCCCCGGCCUCACCCCAGAAAAGCUCCGAGAGGAGUGA